CAAAUGUCUUCAGUAAUUGCUGUUGAUAAUUUUGCAUUUUAUUUGCUUAUUCAAUUAAAAAUUGGACUGUGCAUUUAAUAAAUUAUAACAAUAUAAGUUUUAUAUAGAAAUUUAAGUAUAUCCUAUUUGUAAUGUGCGCAACUCGCAGAUAAAAAUGUAUUUCAAGUGAUUGGUUUUAUUCUAUGAAAACAAAAUGUCGGUCGCAGACCAACCAGACCUUUUGUUUUUCGAUACUUUUUCGCACGACACAAGCGAGGAGCUGAAUUUGGACUUAGUACAAUUCCCAAAAUCAGUAUAUGUGAGGGAAAUCCGAGUGAUACCUUUAGGAGCGAGGGUUGAAGGCGAUUUCCCCGGAGGAGUGCGUCUCGGUGCAACCAACCCAACAAAAUUCCACAUUGACUUUUUUGUCAAUGACCUGAGCAAGCCGGGAGCAUCAACAUUUGAAGCUUUAGGCAGUUUAGAUUAUUGCCAGAAUGGACAGAUACAUAUGGAAUGUGGUGCAUCCCUUGAUCAGCCUCAAAUACCAACGGAUGGUCUUGUACUUAGAGGUUGUUAUACUACUAUCACCUUGGCAGUUUACGGUAAUUUAACUCAAAUUAUACAAGAGACAGCAGUGGGCAGCAACCCUCCCGCCAGUGUACAACGUCAAGCUGUCACUCGCGAAGUUGUGACAGCACCGCCGGCCGUGCCCCAGCCCGCAGAAUGGAGUCAGGAUGGAUCCAAUCCUAUCCCUUCCUACACGGGAAAUGUAGCCACUGGGAAUCCCGAUUCCUAUGGCCCCACAGUUUAUCCAGAAAAUUAUGAUAAUCAAUUGUAUAGAAGUGAUUACUAUGGAAAUGAGCCCCCUAAAGAUCCGAGGACUUACCAUCACUUAGAUGAAAACAAUUGGGAGAAGGAGCGAAGAGAUGUGAGUUUAGAGAGAGACGGAGACCGGAUUCGUCACAGUCCGCGUUCCCUGGAACACGACAGAGACAGAAGGGACGGCAGGAGUCGCAGGCGGUCGUGUAUUUUGUUUGAAUCUCUACCAAUGGGCACUUUUAAAGGUUAUUUUUGUGCCACCUAA